CAUCCUCUGAGUCAGCUGGUCUCGGACUCAGACUCCGAGAUGGACAGCACGGAGCAGCUAGCGCUGGGCAGCACAGACACGCUGUCCAAUGGGCACAAGGCCGACCUCGAGGCUGCCAAGCGCCUGGCAAAGAGGCUCUACAACCUGGACGGAUUCAAAAAAGCAGACGUGGCUCGCCAUUUGGGGAAGAAGUACGUUAAUGAGUUCAGUAAGAUGGUGGCUGGGGAAUAUCUGAAAUUCUUCGUGUUCACUGGGAUGAGUCUGGACCAGGCUCUCAGGUCCUUUCUGAAGGAGCUGGCCCUGAUGGGGGAGACUCAGGAGAGAGAGCGAGUCCUGGCUCAUUUUUCACAACGCUAUUAUCAGUGCAACCCCAAUGCUGUCUCCUCUGAGGACGGAGUCCACACACUGACCUGUGCCCUGAUGCUCUUAAACACAGACCUCCAUGGGCAUAACAUCGGGAAGAGAAUGUCCUGCUCUGACUUCAUUGGGAACCUGGAAGGCCUCAAUGGAGGGAGUGAUUUCCCCAAGGAGCUGCUCAAGGCUCUGUACAGCUCCAUCAAGAAUGAGAAGUUGCAGUGGGCCAUCGAUGAGGAGGAGCUGAGGAAGUCGCUCUCUGAGCUGGCCGACCCCAACCCCAAAUCUAUCAAGCGCAUCAGCAGCUGCAGUAACCCCUUCCUGGACUUCUCGCAGGACCCCAGCAUCGCCACCUACAAGUACGGCCUGCUGGUGCGCAAGAGCCAUGCGGACUCUGACUGCAAGAAGACCCCCAGAGGGAAGAGAGGCUGGAAGACUUUCCAUGCCAUCCUGAAGGGAAUGAUCCUCUAUCUGCAGAAGGAGGAAUAUAAGCCCGGGAAGCCCCUGGCAGAGGAGGAGCUGAAGAACGCCAUCAGCAUCCACCACGCGCUAGCCACGCGGGCAUCCGACUACAGCAAGAGGCCGAACGUCUUCUACCUCAGGACAGCCGAGUGGCGGGUCUUCCUGUUCCAGGCCCAGAAUACAGAACAGAUGCACUCCUGGAUCACACGCAUCAAUGUGGUGGCAGCCAUGUUCUCUGCUCCCCAAUUCCCCGCGGCCAUUGGGUCCCAGAAGAAGUUCAGCCGGCCCCUGUUGCCCAGCUCUACCACCAGGCUGGCCCAGGAGGAGCAGGUGAAGAGCCACGAGUCCAAGUUCAAGGCCAUGUCGGCAGAGCUGGUGGAACAUCGCUCCUCGCUGCCUGAAAAGAAGGUGAAGGGCAAGGAGUAUGAGGAACUGAAGCAGAAGGAGGAGUACCUGGAGUUCGAGAAAACACGCUAUGGCACCUAUGCCAUGCUGCUGCGCGCCAAGCUGAAAGCCGGCUCCGAGGACCUGGCGGCCUUCGAGGCCACGCUGUUCGACGCAGCCAUCAGCGAGGAGGACAGCCUCAAAAAAUCCCGCUCCAGCCCCUCCCUCAACCUGGAGCCACCUAGCACAGGUACCAAGAUCAAGCGCAACGUCUCGGAGCGCAGCAGCCGCCAUCCUGCCAACAACCUGCAGAAAUCCUAGACGGGCAGCGCCUUCUCAGCCAGCCCCGGGGGCAGCCGGGCCCCUGCCAACGAGAAUCUGCAUGACUUCAUCCUUCGUGGGCACAAGCCAUGGGGCUGACAGCUCUCACCCAGCCACCAGCACCAACCCAUGCCAGCUCAGCAUGGAACUAGAGCCCUCCACCGACUCCAUUGGAAACACAUGCCGUGUGGUGCCGUCUUCAACCCCUGACCACCGGGCUCACACUACAGGACUGAACGCCCCCCUCCCCCUAUUUCCUGGGAACUGGGUGCAGGUUUCCAGAGCGGGGAAAUAACCAAAAACCAACCACUGAGCUAAAUUCUUCAGUGUAAAAAGCAAAGCAGUGCUCUCUCCUGCUCAGGCCCCCCCACCAUGGUUUCUAGGACAGACUCACUCUGUCUGGGGAGACAACCCAAGUGGGGCCCUUUUAUACAGCCUCACUGCAGCCCUGGCCACCCCAGGGGCCAGUUUCUUUAAAGCUGCCAGAUGGGCAGAGCCCUGGCCGCUCCCUGUGAUGCCCCCCCUCCCCCAUCUGCUGGUUUCUUACGGUUUUGAACGUUUUUGUGAUACAGUUUUGCACUUUUUAGUACCUGACUGAGCUGACUUACAGGGAGUUUUUGGGGGGGUAAUUUUGAUGCUUUUUUGGGAACUGUAAAAACAAACCCCAAGCCCUCCAAGGCAUUUGUUUCCUAGAGCUGCUGCAGGUUUUCUGUGACUGCGGGGGGUGGAGGCCCAGCCCCACCCGCAGCCGCUAGCCUAGCACUAGUUUUCUAUGUUGCACAGAGGAGCUGGCUAGUUCUGCACAGCCCCACUCGAGCCACUGGACUGGCUUGUGCCCCUUAGGCAGCAGCUGGUACCUGCCCUCCCACCCGAGGUGGUGUUGCCCCAGGGCACAGGAAACAACCACCAGCCAAGUCCGGCGUUCCAGCCCAGGAUGCAGCUGUACGGUGCAGGGUAGGAAAAGGCUAAGCAAGCCUUGACUCAGCCAUGAAGCCAUAACGAGGGGCCAGGGUGGUGUCUCGUGAGCACACAGUGCCCCUUCGGCUCAUCAUAGUGCAGAUCACUGUGGACAGGCGACACGGGUGGCUUUCCCCAUUGCCUAGCUGGCCUAGCUCGGGGCAUGGUGAGGUGAGGAGGAAAGAGCAGGGUUAUUUUGAGAGCUGGAAUUCAACCUGCGCCUGCUGGCCAUGGCCCCUGAAGGCUCCUCUCUGCCCUCUGUUGGAGGGGCUAUGCCAGUCCUGCCCCUCUACCUCCCACUUGAAAGGGCUCAGAGGCUGCUGGUGCCCCUGAAUGUCACGCCCAGGCCCUGCCUCUCACAAGCCUUUUCCAGCAUUAAAGGUCCUUGUCCAUCCCUGACCACUGGAGGGAUAGCAAGAAGGGAAGGGCCUGGACCUAGGAACGAAGCUGGAGCUAACGAGGAGCUUUGCCCCCAGCUUGUUGUGGUGACUGGAGGCUCCUCUCCCUUGCGGGGAGCAGCAUGAGCUCUAGCCCAGGAGCUUGCCUGCCCAGGCUGCAGCCAACCAUCCCAGCAGCAUGCCGGGGGCUGGAGGCAAGGGGAUCCUGUCCCCAGCAGGGGGCUGGAUCAAUGCAUGGUCAGCUGUAGCUCAGGGCUGAGCUAUAGCACAAGGGUGCAGGCUCAGCCAAUGGGAAAUCCAGGGGCCAACAGGACUGCACCUACCCAGGGACCUUGGUCAAUGGCGGCAGGACAGCCACGCCCCCCGGCUGCCCUUCGCCCCGACUGCGAAUGUGUCUCUUUUUAUUCUGCUCUUUCGAGUCUAUUGCAAAAAAUCUUUGUACAGCUUCUUCCAUCAGUUACUGAAGUAAAACCUGCUCUUAA